AUGCUUGGCCCGGCAGUCGACCUCCAGUCGUCCGUCCACCUCCUGGAGAAGAAGGAAGGAGGGGAGCUGUGGCGGUUCUGGGGUGGGUCCAACAGGGGCCAGUGCCCCUUGUGGGAUGGUCCGAUCCCAGGACCUCGCUGUGAGGUCUUCAUCAGUCACAUCCCACAUGACGCCUAUGAGAAUGUGCUGAUCCCUCUGUUCAGCACCGUGGGGCCAUUGUGGGAGUUUCGUCUAAUGAUGAACUUCAGCGGUCAGAAUCGGGGCUUUGCCUAUGCCAAAUACGGCACUGUGGCCCAAGCUAAUGAGGCCAUUCGUCUGAUAAACGGCUACAUGCUGGAGCCUGGCUGCCACCUUAACGUCUGCCGCAGCACAGAGAAAAAACACCUUUUUAUUGAAGAUCUGCCGGCUUCGACCAGACCAGAAGGACUACUGCAGGCGCUGCGUUUCAUGGCCGAAGGAGUGGAGAGAGUUUCCCUCAAAGCUGGACCUGGAAUUGUUGGAGUAUCUGCUAUUGUUGCCUUCUCCUCCCACCAUGCUGCUUCUAUGGCCAAGAAGGUUCUGGUGGAAGGGUUCAAGAAGUCGUUUUCCUUGAACGUGUCCUUGAAGUGGCUGUCAGUGGAGAAAUCCAGCCCUGCAAAGUCUCGAUGUCUGCAGAAUGCUCCAAAGAGUCUGCUGCCCUCGGUCCAGCCUCCACGCCUGGCUCGUUCCCAGUGUCCCCCUCCUGGCUUCUGCAGAGCCAUGGGGGGACCUAAAGCCCCCCUCCAUCCUCCGCCUCCUUCCUCCUCCUCCCAGGGAGGAUUGACAUUUGCAGAAUCUCCAUCGAUGCUCCUCCGUCUGCUGUGUGAGGGCUCUGGACUGGGCCAGCCGGUGUAUAAAAUAAUCUACAGCAGCACCGGACUGUAUGGGUUGUUGCACGUCACCUACAAGGUGCACAUCCCCGGGAUGAGAGCAGCCUUCGAGGGGAUGUGCAUGAUCCCACCAGGACCUGAUCCCAGCACUACCCAGAGGGAGGCUGAGAAGGCCGUGGCCCAGCAGGUCCUGCUGAAGGUGUCCAACAAGCAGCUGACCGUCUGAACCCAGGACCCAGUUCUACUCCUGCUCUACUCAUCGUUUGUUAUUCUAAAAAAGGUUUUAAUUGUUUGUCUUCUGUGU